UCCAGCCGUGGAGCGGCUGCAGGUCCAGCUGUCCCAUCAGCAGGAGGAGGAGGCUGGAGGAGUGGGAGUGGGAGUGGGUUGCUGUGAGUGGAUGGCUCUCGCCGUGCGGUGAGCAAGGAGACCGGCUCAGUAUGCCGGACAGCCAACAGAUCUCUAUCUUGGACUUUUUCUGGUGAAUUUCGCAGAAAGUGAGUGGUUAUUCUAGCCAGUCAUCUCCCUGUGAGGAAGCGUGCGCUCCGCGAUGAGAGCAGUGGUUCGGACCGCCGGCUGAGACGCUCCGGGGAGACAAUAGUGCGCGCCGGCGACCGCAUCACAACAAAAGACUUGAGAUGACUGAGGGCCGCCUGUGCCAGGUUCAUCUCCUUGAUGACAGGAACCUGGAGCUGUUGGUUCAGCCCAAACUGUUGUCCCGUGAGCUGCUGGAUUUGGUGGCUUCACAUUUCAACCUGAAAGAAAAGGAAUAUUUCGGAUUGUGCUUCAUAGAUGACACUGGCCAAAAUAACUGGCUCCAGCUGGACCGUAAAGUCCUUGAUCAUGACUUCUCCAAAUCUCCAGGGCCUUUGGAGCUGAAGUUCCUUGUGAGGUUUUAUAUCGAGAAAGUCACCUUUUUGAAGGAGAAUACAUCGGUGGAGCUCUUCUUCCUGAACGCUAAAUCUUUAGUGUUCAAUGAAACCAUCGAGGUGGAGAGCGAGCAUGUCUUCAAGUUAGCAGCCUUCGCAUUGCAGGAGGCUAAAGGAGAUUAUACAAGUACCGAGUCUGCCACAUCAGACCUGAAGCAGCUUCCACUUCUGCCCACUCGAGUGUUACGGGAGCAUCCUUCUCUUCAUUACUGUGAGGACAGAGUGAUUGAACAUUACAAGAAACUGAAGGGACUGACCAGAGGACAAGCUAUUGUGCAGUAUCUGGCCCUGGUGGAGUCCCUGCCCACAUAUGGAGUCCAUUACUACCCAGUGAAGGACAAGCAGGGAAUACCGUGGUGGCUGGGAGUCAGCUUUAAAGGCAUCGGCCAAUACGAUUUGCAGGAUAAACUGAAGCCUAGAAAGUUGUUUCAGUGGAAGCAGUUGGAGAAUUUAUACUUCCGGGAGAAGAAGUUUGCCGUGGAAGUGAACGACCCACACAGAAGAACGGUGACCAAGCGAACGUUCGGACAGACUGGCCUGGUUAUUCACACGUGGUAUGCCAGCCAUUCUCUGAUUAAAACCAUCUGGGUGAUGGCCAUUAGUCAGCACCAGUUCUAUCUGGACAGAAAGGAAAUCAAAUCAAAGAUGACCACAACCAGGAGUUCAGGAGACAUCGCAGUGGACCUCACUGAGAUCUCUGCCCCACGGAUCAGCAAACUCUUCAACGUCGAGAGCAAAGAUCCACUUAUAAUGGCCAGCAACGGAAGCCUCGUGUCUGCUGGUUCUGUUGACUUUGACGUCAGCGAGGAACAGAAGAAAGAGAAGAUUGCUGAAUUAAAAAAGAAAGAAAAGGACCUUCAAGACACGCUGGCGCAGAAAAUUAAUGAACUGAAGAAGAUCUGCAUGAGGGAAGCUGAACUAACAGGUAGAUUACCAAAAGACUAUCCUCUGGACGCUGGUGAGAAAGCUCCGCAAAUACGACGCCGCAUGGGGACAGCGUUCAAGCUGGAUGACCUUUUCCCCUACGAUGAGGACCCACAUCUGAGGAAUCUGGAGAGCAGGUUUGCCUUGCAGCAGAAGAUCGUGGAGGCAGCCAUGAAGCUCGCCGGCGAGGGCGACAUCGGCAAGACAGUGAAGAGGAAGAGGAGAAACAACUACCUGGAUUCCAUGAGGAGGCUGGAAGAGAUCGAGAAAGAGAUAAAUGCAUAUAGGAUCACAAAAGGAAGGAAGCCCACACAAAGAGCCUCUCUGAUCUUAGCAGAUGAUGCCCAGCGCUCAGACCUCAGCUCUCUGUCUGACAGUCUCAACCUGGAUGAUGAUGACGAACUCAGUUCCCAGAGGCAGCGGUCCAGUUCAGUCCAGUACUCUCCCAGACCGCACCACGCAGAAACUCUGGCCGUCCAUUACAGCAACGACAGACGGGCCUCUGCCAACGAGCAGCACGGAGACAGCAGAUUGAAUUACGGCCAGGUCCACGAAUCAGUCCACUACCGUCAAAGCGAUGCCUUGUCGAGCUGCAGCAGCCCGUUCAAAGCGGGUUCCCGACAGCCCCGCGACGCCCGCAGCAUGCCCCCCACCCCCGUCCUCACACGCAACGCCUACAGCAGCUCGCACCUCAGGUCGGAGGACGCCCCGCAGCAUUUCCGUCAGCGCAGCGGGAGUCUGGAGUCCCAGUCCCAGUUCAUGAUGGAGAACAAGCCUCCCGUCCCAGCGUUCCCCGCGUGCCCGGCCCGCCGCAGCAACAGCACCGAGGUGCUGGACGACGGCUCCUCCUACACCAGCCAGUCCAGCGUGGAGUACGCCGCUCCGGGCAACCACACCCACAGACGCAGAGCCCGGGGCCGCCACAGAAAAGACCUGUACAGCAACACGGGCAGCAUGCCCAACCUGGCCCAGACGGACCCGCGCGGCCCGGCCUACCAGAACCGGGCACGCCCCACCACCACGGCCUACUACGUAACGGGCUACCCCGGCUACGCGGAGCCGGAGCCCUACUCCAACGGAGUGUACGUGUACGACAACGAGGUGGAGGGCCACUACAGCGUCAACCCCUCCUACCACGCCACGCACACACCCUACUACAGCCACGACAUGCACAGCCACUACGGCUCGGACGAGAUGGACGGUGUUUCACAGAACCCUUACGCCACGCUGCGGCCGCCCAGGAACCAUCCCGCCCCGCACGGCCACGAGCACGCCACCAAGAACAUCCAGAGGGCCAUGGUGGCCGAGCACCUCAAGGGCUGGUACCAACGCAACACCGCGCACAAACAGCCCGCGUACAACUACGACUACGACAGAGGCUCCAAGCAGAGUCUGAGCUACGGGACCAUGCCGGCGCCGUACAUCCACAACACCCGCAACACCGCCUACUCCUCAGUGUCCACCGCCUCCUCCAGUGGAACCUGGCAUCCCCGCGUGAGCGGCGGCGGCGGUAUGUUACAGUACGACAUGCCCCUGCACGAGCCGCACUCGUACUCCUACAGCGCAGCUCCCUACAGCCACUCUGCCCACAGCAGAUAUGCCACCUCCCAGCUUUUAAGGGGCUCCUGGCACAGCCCUGACGGCCAGAGGCGCGCUCCUUUUUUCCCCUCUAGUUCUUCGUGCUCGGGUUCCCCUUCCACUUCCCACCUGCCCUCCUCCUCCUCCUCCUCCCCGGGCAGUCGGGUCAGGCAGGUCUCCUCCAGCCCUGCACAGUCUCCACCCUCCAGAGGGCACAGGUUCACUCAGGUGCCUUUUUCAAACGGUAGCUCAUAAUCCUACAUCGACGUCAGCCACAUCAGCAACCCCCUGGACCCCGACGCGCCCCCAGAUGACCGGAUACACUGGCACGAAGACUCCAAACCAGGAACAAUAGUGUAGCCGGCUGUCACGGUGCAGCGUACGUUUGUUUGUUUGUUUUCCCACGGACUCGUCGUGCCUUAAACUGCACUUACCUGUUUUUGUGUCAAGACGACUCAGAGAAGGAAGAAACUUCUGAUGAAGCCGCUGAGUUCAACGAAACAAAUGAAGUGCUCUCAUUUUUUGCUUCCCUUGAAACCGGCUGAGCCACCUGUCAGAAGUGCAGGCUCGUGGUGGGAUCACCCGUGCACGUAACCUGAGCUGGGACCAGCGUGGCCCAUCCGGAGGGGAAUCGGUUCUGCAUCUUCAGCUUUUGCCUUCGGGGAAGAAGAAAUCCCAAAAUCCCAAACCAGGGACGGAGACGGUUUCCGCGCGGGAGAGCUGAGCGUCUGUGAACGACAUAAACGACAGAUCCGGUUCUGUCACCGGCGCUCGUACGAGCGUAACGAUGAAGGAUUAUUUAAGGACGGUAUUAACAUGAAGGACUGGGCUCAUUAAGGAUGAGUGUGCAAACAUCUUUAUUGGAACAAACCUCAGUCACGUCUAGUUUUAUCCUAACAUUACUUCAUCCACUCCACUUCCUCAACUGUCAUUUACGGUCCGUCAGUCAGUACUUACAGAUAAGUGAGCCACAUACUUGUGCGUUGCACCGCCUGAGUAUUUCCCAGACCCGCCCGUGUGAUACCACUGCCAGCGCUGUUUGUUUUAUUUGAUCCAUGCUGGAGAUCAUGGCUGGUGCUCCUCGUCUCUCAGACGAUUAAACUGUAUCUAAGUGUCGGUAUUGUACAUACACUGGUUCUCCUUUUUCUUUCUAGAGCAUUUUUGUAAUGUAUCUGAGAAGCAUGUAAUAUAUAGUGAAUAACAAUUGUUAAGCUGGUUCUUAGUCAUUUGUAUAAUUGCAUUUGUUUGGAUUAAAAAAAAUAUA